CUUUCGGCGUUUCACUCUGAAUUUUGCUACGAGUUUACGGUAACGUUAUUAUUUAAAAAUUAAAAUGUCUUUUACUAGUGAAAGCCAGCAAAACUCACCAUUUCAUUUGAUUCGAGUUAAUGUUAGAGAAAUUCUAAUCGAUGUGAUUCGUAAUCUAGAAGGCACAAAUGGUAAUAUUAACAUUGACUAUGUUCGCUACAAAGUCGAUUGGCUUUGUGCAAUACUGACGAGAUUCGGCAAUAAUUUGGAAAACAUAGAACAUUUACUUUUACCACGUAUCAGGGAAGCACAAACUAUUCUUGCAACCAUUGACGACGAUUUGUACACAGGCAACAACCAUGUACCAACUUUAUUGCAAACAAAUUCCAGAGGAAGGCCUAGUUUUCACAUUCCUUGUGAACAAAUGGAACUGUUUCUCGAUUAUGGAUUCAAGGCAAGUGAAAUGGCAAAGAUUUUGGGUGUUAGUGAAAAAACAGUUUACCGGAGACUGGAGGAAUAUGGGCUAUCCAUGAGGAACAGCUAUUCCAGUAUUACUGAGAACGAGUUGGAUGACAUAAUUAAAGGGAUAUUGGUGGAAUUCCCUAACACUGGAUAUAAAACAAUGCGUGGACAUUUGCUUUCGCGGGGAUUGAAGUUGCAGGAGAGUAGAGUAAGGGAAGCAAUGAGACGUUCAGAUCCUGAAGGUGUUCUUGUUCGAGCAUUACAGCUAAGGGUAACUCACAGAAGGGUUUACAAUGUUAGAGGACCUCUUUCUCUCUGGCACAUGGAUGGUCAUCAUAAACUUAAAAGGUGGAAAUUUGUCAUCCAUGGUUGCAUUGAUGGGUUUUCUCGAAAGAUAAUGUAUUUGUCCUGUAGUGGUAAUAAUCAAGCAGCCACAGUGUUAGGUUUGUUUUCAAAAGCUGUUGAACUUCAUGGACUACCUUCAAGAGUGAGGGGAGACUAUGGUGGAGAGAAUGUCCAGGUGGCUUGGUAUAUGUUUAACCAUCCACAGCGAGGACCAGGCAGGGGAAGUUACAUCACAGGAUCAAGUGUUCACAACCAAAGAAUAGAGAGGCUGUGGCGUGACUUAUUUGUUGGUUGUCUGUACAUCUAUUACUCUAUUUUUUAUUACUUGGAAGAAGCAGGAUAUUUGGAACUAAACAAUGCAAUUCACAUGUUUUGCUUGCACUUUGUUUUUCAACCAAGAAUAAACAGACAACUCCAGCAUUUUUGUAAUGGAUGGGAUAAUCAUCCAUUGAGAACUGAACAAAAUAAAACGCCAAACAGACUUUGGAUCAAUGGACUAUUUGAUAUGUCAUCAAAUAUUACUGGAGAGCUUUCUGAUUACCAAUCUCAGGAAUGGAAUGAGUAUGGUAUUGACCCUGAUGCACCUUGCCCUGUACCUGAGUCAGAAAAUAUUGAAACACAAGAUGUGAUGUCUCCAUUACAAGAUGAAGAUUUCGAAGCAAUAAACAACAGAUUGACCCACUAA